AUCGCGGGAUGGCGAGCGAUGAGACGAUGGACGACGCGCCCGGGGCGUCGGACGAAGCGCGGGAACCGCUGCUGAAACGCGUGGGAGCGAGCGUGGAGGGGACGUCGCUGAUGAAUCACAGGCUGAUGAAGAAUCCAAAGUUUCGAGCGUUGCUCGUGGAGAGCUUGAUGGCGUUGACGACGUUUUCGUUCAUGGCGAAACAAACCGAGGGACUGGCGGGGCCGGAGCUGAGCACGCUGAACGACUGCGGUGAAGCGGGGUGUGGAUUCACGAAGUUUUAUCAAUUUAAGGGCGUCGUCGGUGUGUACGCGGGAUUCUGGGCGUACACGGUGAUCUUGAUCGCGAUGUACGUGAUUCGCAAGGCGCCGCCGCCCGGGACGGAGUUCGCGUCCUACGCGCUGUUCACCGCGGCCAUGGCGACGUUCGUCGUCAUGUCCAUCACCGAGUGCGCGUCCGUGGUAUUGAGUUCGGAUUAUUACGUGUGCAAAAACGCAGAUUACAGUUUGGUUUCCCUGAUUUUCGCCGCGGCGACCAUCGUGCUCAACUGUUUAACGUGCGCCUUCGCGUGGCGACAGUGGGGCGAGUUGAAAUUCGUCGGCUUACCGAAGACGUUAUCCGCGCUCACCGAGACCUAUCCCGGUUGAUCGAUUCGCCGGCGACGAUCAUCACCGAACCCAUCAUCCCUGUAACACCAGUGAAAUCCCGCC